AUGAACAAUCACUUAUAUCCAUCAGUCGAUGAACAAACGCGUUUUCUGUCGGAUCCCACCUCAUAUUAUGGAACCUAUCCGGCCACAAUCGAGCCAAUCUAUCGCCCGCCGUUAAUCGGAAAAGAUUCCUAUCGACCGCAAAUCGUACUCCGACCCUCGAACUCGUUUCCCAGUGAUACGAGCUCAAAAGCUGUCACUUGUCUAUCGGCGUCACUCUCGAUAAUCUCCCCGUUGAUGGCCGAAUUUGUGAGCGUUUUCGUGACGCUUUUCGUUUUCAAUCAUCUCGACACCGAGCUGGCUGUGAUGCACACAGCGUCACUCAAUCGCUCAUCGAUUCUCGCUCUCACGCACGCCGUUUGUUUCGCCGUUUUCGCGUCCGCUUUUAAAACUGUCCACCUCUCUCCAGCUGUCACUUUGACUCAUCUUCUCACUGGAUCAACCUCUCAAUUAUUUUGUCUUCUCAUUGUUCCUACUCAAUUUCUUGCCGGCUUUUUAGCUGUCAUAGCUAAUGUUAACCUUCGUUCUGCCUCCUCAUUACCACCACCUCCUUCUUUAAAACAUGAUCUCUCGAUUCCGUGGACAAAUGCAGCCUAUCAAUUAAUAAUUUCUCAAAUGAUCGGAUCGUUUUUAAUCUGUUCUUCGCAUGUUUCAAGUUUUGGUGUGAGAAGAGAGGAUGAUAAUCACAAUGGCUUCAUUUUGUCUCGUUUCCGAAUAUCUGCUUUGCUGAAUCCGGCCGUACCGCUCUUUUUGGCCACAGCUAUUGCUUCGUUUUUGAGUCUAAUUCAAUCGUCAGUGCCUUGUUGUCCUCUUCAAGCUUUCUCAUUGUGUGCCUAUCGUUUCGUCGACAAUUUCGCCGAUCACUCAUUCACUUCGCAUCACAUUUAUUGGAUUGGUCCUAUUGUGGGAUCGCUUUUAGCGUGCGCCAUUUGCAAAUUUCUUCUUUCCCCAAAAUAUUUCAUGGAUCGAAAUUCGGAUAUC